CGUCAAGUGGCAGGCUGCGGCCUGGAAGGGGCGGUGCUCGAGAUCCUCUGGGCUGGAACGCCUAGAACCGAAAGCAGCAGCGGGGCAGUGGGGAGGAAGGAGAGGCGGCUGCAGGGCUAGAAGGUGAGAGCCGGGCCCGGAAUGUCCGCCCGGCCGCCGCCUGCGGGCCAUGGCUCUGCGGCUGGUCGUCCACUUCGACGUGCGAGCAGACGUGCUGCCGAGUCUGCCCGCCCAGGCUGCGGCGACAGCGGCCGGAGGAGGCGGUGCAGGUGUUUUAGAAACAGCUCAGGAGAGCUUACAUGUACUAAACAUUGAAAGAAAUGGAAACAUUAUUUAUACCUAUAAGGAUAAUAAGGGAAAUGCUGUUUUUGGAUUAUAUGACUGCCAAUCCAGACAGAAUGAGCAUCUGUAUACCUUUGAGAAGGACAUGCAAGCUGUCAGCUGCUCUGUCAACAGCGAGAGAACCUUGCUUGCUGCGAGUUUCAUUCAGUAUACUAAAGAAGGAGUAAGGAAUGAGCUUCAGCCAGGAUCAAAGUGCUUAACGUUGCUGGUUGAAAUUCAUCCUGUCAACAAUGUGAAGGUUCUGAAAGCAGUGGAUAGCUGUAUUUGGGUACAGUUCCUCUACCCCCAUGUUGAAAGUCAUCUUCUACAGAACCACCUGUUACUGAUUUCAGAAGAGAAAUAUAUUGAUCGGUUUCAUAUCCAGGUCACAAGAGAAGAUGGAAACAGAGUGGUAAUUAGAAAUGCUAAUCAUCUUCCAAGAGACAGAAUAGCUGAAGAUUUUAUUUGGGCUCAGUGGGAUAUGUCAGAGCAGAGAGUAUACUACAUUGAACUGGAGAAAUCAAAGAGUGUCUUGAAAUGCAUCCAGUUUUGGGCAGAUGAAAGUUUUAAUUUAAUGUUUGAAAUGCCCUUGGAUAUAUCAUUGAGUGGCUUAGGAUUUAAAUUUGUCAACUUUGGAUAUGAUUAUUAUCAAGACCAAGAGAAGUUAUGCAGUCAGCCUUCUCUGUGCAUUUUUACCAACCACACAGGGAGUUUGUGUGUAUGUUACAGCCCAAAGUUUGACUCUUGGGAAGAAAUCACAUAUUCAGUGUUUUACCUACAUAAAGGACACAGAAAGACCUUCACUGCUGCUUUGGGAGGUGCUAACCCACACGUGACAAGGGGCAUUACUUUUCUCAACCUUGGCUACCUUGUGGCUGUUUACUUCCCUGGUCAUUUCCUCCAUUUACUUAACAUUCAGCACCCAGACUUGAUCUGCCACAGUCUGUUUCUGACAGGAAACAACAAAAUGGCUGCUGUGCUACCUCCCAGUCCUUUGCAAUCUCUGCCAGGGUCCCUGAUACUAGACUGCUCUUCUGGAAAGGUCUACAGAGCAACCCUUGACCAGUCGUACUUGAUGUGGCUCCUAUGGAACGCCCACCUGGACUGUGAGAAGAUGGCCGCACUGCACUGUGUACUCUCUUGUGGUGGAGACCCAGGUUUCCAGGAAGAUCAGAUUCUUCAAUGGAUUUGUGAGCAUGUCUCUGCCUGCCAUUCAUUUGAUCUCAUUCAGGAAUUUCUAAUUGCCUCUUCCUAUUGGAGUGUGUAUCCAGAGAUGAGUGACGUGGACAUGCUCUUACCAUACUCCUCUGUGCUGACUUGGAAUGCAGAAAUUCCUGGAAUAACGCUUGUGACAGAAGAGCUCCCAUUACCUCUUAUGAAGGUCUACAGCUUGAAGGGGUACUGGGCAAAGCUGAACUCCAACCUCGAGUAUAUCAAGUACACAAAGCCUAACUUACACUAUCACAACAGUGUUGUGAGGAGAGAAUGGCACAACCUGGUCUCUGAAGAGAAAACAGGGAAAAGAAGGUCCACGACAUAUGUGAAGAACAUCCUCGACAAUGCAAUAAAGGUGAUUUCUAACAUGGAAACAAGGACACUGGAGCCCAAGUUAAUACCGCUCUUACAAGAAGAAGAUAAGCACCAGAGGCUGCUCAUGGGCCUGAUGGUGUCUGAACUAAGAGACCAUCUAUUGAGACAUCUACAGGGCAUAGAAAAGAAGAAAAUCGAACAGAUGGUUCUGAACUACAUUUCAAAACUGCUGAAUCUCAUUUGGUGCAUGUUGGAGACCAGUUGGAGGAAACACAGUGUGCAUCCUUGGGUUUUCCACCUCAAUCACCAUGGCAGUGCUGCAGAUUUUGAAAUCUUUCAUCUCAUGACCAGGAUUUUGGAUGCUGCUAACAGCCUGUGUUGCCCUCUGCCUCCUGGUUUUCACUCUCUGCACAUGAUUCUUGGCGUGCAUUGUCUCCCUUUGUACAAUCUGCUGCACUACAUUGAUAAUGGGGUGCUGUUGCUCACCGACACAGCAGUCAGAAGACUUAUGAAAGAUCUGGACAAUUCAGAGAAAAAUGAAAAGCUAAAAUUCAGCAUCAUUGUGCGGCUUCCUCCGCUUAUUGGCCAGAAGGUCUGCCGGCUCUGGGACCAUCCCAUGAGUUCCAACAUCAUUUCACGGAAGCAUGUGGCACAGCUGCUGAAGAACUACCAGAAAGAGCCUCGACACUCUAUGAUUGGCAAGUCAUCAUUCCCAGUAGAAUUUCUGCCUCUGAACUACUUCAUUGAAACUCUGGCCAGCCUGGAGUCUUCCCAUCAAGCUCUGUGUGAUUUUGAAGGCCAUGACAAUGUGGAUGCGGAAUUCAUAGAGGAAGCUGCUCUGAAACACACCACGGUGCUUUUGGGCUUAUGAAAGCCCAUGUGCACAUGGACUGCUUUCAGCACUUUAAUACUGUUUCCACCUCCUUUUCCUGGGAAUUCUUCAGCAGUCUUUAAAAUCAAUAACAAGCUGGAAUAUGCUUCAGAGUAUUUGGGCUUCACAUGUUCAAACAGAGCCAGCUGCUACAUGCCUUUCCAGUGUGAGCAGCCAGUGAACAGUCAAGAGAAAUGACAAACAGUUUCUAUGUACUGUGACAGGAACUAGUUCUGUGGCACUCCAGAAUCAAAUAAGAACCAUAGGGGACAAUGCUUAGGACAGGAAGAGCUAGACAGAUCACUGGAAAAACAUAAAAUGAGCAGGAAACGUAAAUGCUGUAAAGAGGAUUUGAGAAGAACCUGGAUUUGGACUAAACAAGAUCUGCCAUCUGCAGUAUGGAGUAAUUGUGACCAAUCAUGAUUUGUACACAGAGGACUGAAAGCAGCCUCUGCCUUUGUGGUGGUUCAGAUGGAUCUGUAUUUAAUUUUUAUAUUUAUGGAAGUUUGAGUUAGUAAUAUCUUUUUCAUUAAACAUCACCUCAAGCUGGGUGGUGGUGGUGGCACAUGAAUUUAAUCCCAGCACUCAGGAG